CGCAAAAGCCUCCUCCUCCUCCGUUUCUGCAUCUCUUCUUCUUCUUCCUCCAUUGAAGCUUUUGCUUCGAUUCAAAACCAUGGCGGCCGUAUCUCGAGGCCUCAUCUCUCGCUUCACUCAUCUCCUAUCAAUCCGUUCCACAACUCCUUCACCGUCGCAACCUCUCCCCCAAUCCACCUUCUACCUCCUCCGACGAUACACCUCCGAUGCUACCGGAUCCGAUAUCACCGAAGCUCCGACCCGAAUCAUCGAGGCGAAGCCCGGAGAGAUGUCUCCGGAAUCGCAAAGGACAGGGAUCAUCGCAGUGAAAUGUGGGAUGACUGCUCUGUGGGAUAAAUGGGGAGCUAGGGUUCCGGUUUCUAUCCUCUGGGUUGAUGAUAACAUCGUCUCUCAGGUUAAGACCGUUGAGAAAGAAGGCAUCUUUGCUUUACAGGUUGGGUGUGGGCAUAAGAAACCGAAGCAUUUGACGAUGCCUGAGUUGGGACAUUUUAGGGCGCAAGGUGUGCCGUUGAAGAGGAAGUUGAGGGAGUUUCCUGUGACGGAGGAUGCUCUUCUUCCUGUGGGUACUGAGCUUGGUGUUAGGCAUUUUGUGCCUGGGCAGUAUGUUGAUGUCACUGGUAUCACUCGUGGGAAAGGUUUUCAGGGAGUAAUGAAAAGAUGGAAGUUCAAAGGAGGGCCAGCAUCACAUGGGUGUUCAAAAGCACAUCGAAAAGGUGGUUCCACUGGUCAAAGAGAUGAUCCUGGAAAGGUGUUCAAGGGAAGAAAGAUGCCUGGGAGAAUGGGUGCGGACCAGAGGACAGUAAAGAACGUUUGGGUUUACAAGAUUGAUCCUGCCAGGAACCUCAUCUGGGUCAAAGGACAAGUUCCUGGAGCAGAAGGGAACUUUGUGUUUAUAAAAGAUGCAGUCUACAAGAAGCCAGACAUCUCAAAGCUUCCAUUUCCAACGUACUUAGCAACAGAAGACGAGGAUCCAUCAGAAUUACAACCCUUGGUCGCAGAUCUAGGAGAAGUCGACCCAUUUAUGUUGGCAGAGUGAUGAUGAAAAAACAACAUGAUCUUGAUUUUGGCUUGAGGAAGUGGAGAGUCACAAAACUAAAACUUUGGGAAAAAUUGUAUUUUUUUUUCUUAUUUAGUUUGUUUGGAUUGUAUGAACCUAAAAAAAACGAUGAACAGAGAGAGAGGAAUUGAGUCUUUCUCCAACAUUUGUUGAAUCUCAGAUAUGCUUUAUAGAGUUUGCAAUAAGCAUUAAGCAAUGAAGAAACAGAGUUGAACUCAUUUUCUUCAAAGUCAAC